AUGGCGAAAGAACCCGAAAUACCAUCUUCAUCUUAUCAACUUGAUGUUGUUACCGAGACUAGUGCUCAGCAAGGUUCCGAUCCUCAAUUGAACACUACCAACCCCGAUUUUACAAGCGGGCAGUCUCAUAUCGAUAACAAUGUCGAAAAGUCAAUUAAACAUCAUGAUAUUGAAGUACUUGAACCACCUUCGGAAACAAUUGGCAUCCCAGAAUCCAAUGCAGCAUUAGAUGCUCUAUACAGUGUCUUUCCUACAUCUCUAAAGAAAAUGAUCAUCCUUUCGGGAUCCAUGGCGAGCCUCUUUUCUCCCAUGUCAACAAGCAUAUAUUACCCAUCUCUCAGUCAAAUCGCCAAAGAUCUUCAUGUCUCAGAUGCGAAAAUCAGUCUUACAGUCACUUUGUUCUUGGUUAUCCAAGGUUUAGCACCUAUGAUGAUUGCAGGACUUUCAGACAAGGCUGGAAGACGCCCUGCAUACAUGAUCUGCUUCGUUAUUUAUCUCUUCACCACCCUUGGUCUUGGCCUUCAAAAUUCAUACCCAGCCCUGAUGGCGCUACGUUGUUUACAAAGUGCAGGAAGUAGCGGUACAGUAGCUCUUGCCAAUGGCUUGGUUGGUGAUAUUAUCACUUCUUCCGAACGUGGAACUUACGUAGCGUGGGCGUCUCUCGGCAGUAUUCUUGGGCACAUGGUUGCUCCUAUAAUUGGAGGAGUAUUGGGACAAUAUGCAGGUUGGCAUUGGAUUUUCUGGUUUCUAUUGAUAUUUUCAUGCGUCGUAUUUAUACCUCUUAUUCUAUUCCUCCCAGAAACCUGCCGCAAUCUUGUCGACGAUGGCUCCAUACCUCCGCCCUUUCUCUGUAUAAAUAUUUCAGACUACAUUCGACAUGCCAACCGACGCAAGAGAGGAAUACCUGUUGAUGCGGAAAAGUUAACAGCGCUACGAAAGGACUACAAGCUACAAGUUCCCAACCCACUGUCAACGUUGAGAGUUCUUGCCGAUAAGGAGGCAGGACUUCUUCUAGUCGCUGCGGGGAUUAGUCUAGCAUCCUAUUAUGCAAUUUCCACCGGCGCUUCUUCACAAUUCAGCUCUUUGUAUGGAUUUUCACAACUCAAGGUGUCAUUGAUGUUCAUACCUGUUAGUGCAGGAUCUCUCAUCUCAGCUUUUACCACCGGCAAGAUCGUGGACUUCAACUAUCGCCGACAUGCCAAGAUCCACAACUUCCCACUCACCAAAAAUCGCCAAAUGGAUCUCACUAACUUUCCAAUCGAGAGAGCGCGAUUAGAAAUCGCACUUCCGUUAUUCUAUCUCGGUGCAUUAGCCAUCAUUGCUUAUGGUUGGGUAAUGGGACAUCAUGUCAGCAUUGCUGGUCCGAUAAUAUUGUUAUUUGUGAUUGGAUAUGCUCUGGUUGCUAGUUUUCAAGUUCUGAAUAUUCUCAUGUUGGACAUCUAUCCUGGAAAGCCAGCUACGGCCACUGCUGCGAAUAAUGUGGUACGAUGUGAGCUUGGAGCAAUUGCGACUGCGGUUAUUGUUCCUAUGGUCAACGCCAUUGGUACUGGGUGGUCAUACACAAUCAUUGCUCUUCUAUUCGUAGUAUAUAGCCCAGCGUUGGUCAUCAUCAUGAGAUAUGUUAUCCUAUGGAGGAAACAGAAUAAAGACAAACAAGUCGAAUUAGCCAAAAGGAAACAGGAAAGGAGAGAAAAUAAGGACGUAAAGACAGCCGAGAAGAACACACGGCACUUGAACGAGGAAAUAAACGUGGCCAAAAGUCAAGACAGAGCACCUGAUCUCCACAUUGAGUUUUUACGUUACGGAUUAUUUGGCAUCUUGUUCGGUUUCGAUGUUCUCGCUAUCAUGGCGAUCUGGGACUUGAAGAUCCUCAUAGCUUAUCCGGAUGUGCAACAAUGA